CUGUGCUCCAGCACCGGGACGGGCGGCUGUUGACUGAGACCCAGGCCUCGUCCCCGGAGACUGCACCUGCAUCCAGAUUGGGAUACUUCUGAGACUGACAGGCCAAGCUGAGACUCUGAGCUGAUUGGAAGAUGACUGGCCGAGCCCGAGCCCGUGCCCGUGGAAGAGCUCGAGGUCAGGAGACAGUACAGCAUGUUGGGGCUGCUAUGAGUCAGCAGCCUGGGUACAUCCAGCCAAGACCUCAGCAGCCACCCACAGAGGGGGACUUAGUUGGCCGAGGACGGCAGAGAGGAAUGGUAGUUGGGGCCACAGCCAAGUCACAAGAACUGCAGAUCUCUGCUGGGUUUCAGGACUUGUCACUGGCAGAGAGAGGGGGUCGUCGUAGAGACUUUCACGACCUUGGUGUGAACACCAGACAGAACCUGGACCAUGUCAAAGAAUCAAAGACAGGCUCCUCAGGCAUCAUUGUGAAGCUGAGCACCAACCACUUCAGACUGACCUCACGUCCACAAUGGGCCUUAUACCAGUACCACAUUGACUACAACCCACUGAUGGAGGCCCGCAGGCUGCGCUCUGCACUGCUCUUCCAACAUGAAGAUCUCAUUGGAAGGUGUCAUGCUUUUGAUGGAACAAUACUCUUUUUACCCAAACGACUACAGCACAAGGUCACAGAAGUUUUUAGUCAGACCCGGAAUGGGGAGCAUGUGAGGAUAACCAUCACCCUGACCAACGAGCUGCCACCCACCUCGCCCACCUGCCUACAAUUCUACAACAUCAUCUUUAGGAGGCUCUUGAAAAUCAUGAAUUUGCAACAAAUAGGACGGAAUUACUAUAACCCAAGUGACCCAAUUGAUAUUCCAAAUCACAGGUUGGUGAUCUGGCCUGGCUUCACCACUUCCAUCCUUCAGUACGAAAACAAUAUCAUGCUCUGCACAGAUGUCAGCCACAAGGUCCUGCGCAGUGAGACUGUGCUGGACUUCAUGUUUAACCUGUACCACCAGACUGAGGAGCACAAGUUUCAGGAGCAAGUCUCCAAAGAGCUGAUUGGGCUCAUCGUCCUCACCAAGUACAACAAUAAGACCUACAGGGUGGAUGAUAUCGACUGGGACCAGAAUCCAAAGAGCACUUUUAAGAAGGCAGACGGCUCAGAGGUCAGCUUCUUGGAGUACUACCGGAAGCAGUAUAACCAGGAGAUCACGGACUUGAAGCAGCCAGUGCUGGUGAGCCAGCCCAAACGGAGGAGGGGCCCAGGGGGCACACUGCCUGGACCAGCCAUGCUCAUCCCAGAGCUCUGCUAUCUCACAGGUCUGACUGACAAAAUGCGUAAUGACUUCAAUGUGAUGAAAGACCUGGCAGUGCACACGCGACUGACCCCAGAGCAGCGACAGCGAGAGGUGGGCCGCCUCAUUGACUACAUCCACAAGGAUGACAAUGUGCAGAGGGAGCUGCGAGACUGGGGCUUGAGCUUUGACUCCAACUUGCUGUCCUUCUCAGGGAGAAUCCUGCAAUCCGAGAAGAUCCACCAGGGAGGAAAAACAUUUGAUUACAACCCGCAGUUUGCAGACUGGUCCAAAGAAACCAGAGGUGCUCCACUGAUCAGUGUGAAGCCACUAGAUAACUGGCUACUGAUCUACACACGGAAGAAUUAUGAAGCAGCCAAUUCUCUGAUACAAAACCUCUUUAAAGUGACCCCAGCCAUGGGAAUACAGAUGAAAAAGGCCAUCAUGAUUGAAGUGGAUGACAGAACAGAAGCUUACCUGAGAGCCCUGCAGCAGAAGGUCACAUCAGACACCCAGAUAGUAGUCUGCUUGUUGUCAAGUAACCGGAAAGACAAAUAUGAUGCAAUUAAAAAGUACCUGUGUACAGACUGCCCCACCCCAAGCCAGUGUGUGGUAGCCCGAACCUUGGGCAAGCAGCAAACUGUCAUGGCCAUUGCCACCAAGAUUGCCCUGCAAAUGAACUGCAAGAUGGGAGGCGAGCUCUGGAGGGUCGACAUGCCUCUGAAGCUGGCGAUGAUAGUUGGCAUCGAUUGCUACCAUGACACCACAGCUGGGCGGAGGUCAAUUGCAGGAUUUGUUGCCAGCAUCAAUGAAGGAAUGACCCGCUGGUUCUCCCGCUGCGUCUUUCAGGACCGUGGACAGGAGCUGGUGGAUGGGCUCAAAGUGUGCUUGCAAGCUGCUCUAAGGGCCUGGAACAGCUGCAAUGAGUACAUGCCCAGCCGCAUCAUCGUGUACCGGGACGGUGUGGGUGACGGACAGCUGAAAACACUCGUCAGCUAUGAGGUCCCACAGUUCCUGGAUUGCCUCAAGUCUGUUGGUAGAGGUUACAACCCAAGACUGACGGUGAUUGUAGUGAAGAAGCGUGUCAAUGCCAGGUUUUUUGCUCAGUCUGGGGGAAGACUCCAGAAUCCACUUCCAGGGACAGUCAUCGACGUGGAGGUCACCAGGCCAGAAUGGUACGACUUUUUCAUCGUAAGCCAGGCAGUAAGGAGUGGGAGUGUGUCCCCCACUCACUACAACGUCAUCUAUGACAACAGCGGACUGAAGCCUGACCACAUCCAGCGGCUGACCUACAAGCUUUGCCACGUCUAUUAUAAUUGGCCGGGUGUCAUCCGUGUCCCUGCACCUUGCCAAUAUGCGCAUAAGCUGGCCUUUCUUGUGGGGCAGAGUAUCCACAGAGAGCCAAACCUGUCCCUGUCCAACCGCCUCUACUACCUGUGACUUGGAGGCUGGCAUGCUGGCUUUCUUCUAGAACUUUGCCCAUUCCUAGGCUUUUAUUUUGUAUGCAGUUAUCAUUAGAGGGAACCUGGGAUGGGAAUUGGGAGAGCCAAAGUUUUAUUUCUGGUGUUUCUAUUUAACCACUUCCUUAUUUUAUAGGUAAGAGUUACGGUUGUGUAUAUCAUCUUGUUUUUCAAAGUAAGCUGUGACAGACUGUUGUGCACAGUUGUGGAUAAGGCCCUUGUACCACAAAUAGACUUUCCUAAAGCAGCUAGAAGCACUUCUCAGGGAACAAGUUUUACCUGAAUGCACUUUAGUUUUGAAAAAUUGCAUUUAGAGGAGAAAAAGUCAGGAAGUAGGGUGCUCAUGACAGUUGCAGUGGGUUGUGUAUCUGUCUCAUGUUUUAAAAAUGAAAGCAGCCAUUGAAUAACCUACACAUAAGCUAGAAAGGAAAUUUUGAUUUUGUUUGGCUUUUGGUGGUGAGAUAGGAAUUAAAGAAGACAGUUAACAUUUUUAAAUUUUUUUCCCUAAGGUAUAACAUUUUUAAGACUCAACAAAAGAUGCCAGGCUAAUGUUCUGUAUUAACAUUGUUGUUUAUUUCAAUUUGCAAUUAGAUAUCAUAAUGUUUCUUGAAAUAAAAUUAAAAUGAUUUUCAUUUUAUUUGAAUAAUAGGGUAAUUCUUGUUUUUGAAAGUAUUCAUCUUUUUCCAUUUAAUUUUUAAAACUAGAGAGUACAUGAGGAUAGAAUUUCACUCAUAAAAAUAAGUUGUGCCAAGCAUGAUGGCACACGCCUGUAAUCCCAACACUCAGGAGGUGGAAGCAGGAGAAUCCCAAGUUCAAGGCCAGCCUGGGCUACAUAGUGAGACUGUCUUAAAAAAAAAAAAAGAAAAAACAAGAAUUGCCUCUCAUGGAUGCUAUUGUCUGAGCACAGCUGGCUGGGAAGUACCACCUCUGUUCAUAGCAUGGGUGCUCUCUGGUGAGGCAGGGCAAGCGAAGUAGUCUGCUGCUGUGAGGCUGUAACUGCACUAUAGAUUUGUGUCACUUUUGCAUGGAGGAAGAUUAGAGAUAAUGAAUCACUGUCUGUCAGGAGAGCAGCUUGAAGUGGGCACUAUUAAAGUGUAAUGAGUUCACAUGUGAUUCAUUCUGACACAGCUCAAUAAAGCUCCUUUCUCACCAUU